AUGGAAAGUUCAUCAUCAUUUACAGCCCUUGAGGCCAAAAUAAAAGGAAUAUCUUUUAGUUUGGCAACUCGUCAAGAGAUCUGUAAAGCAUCCGGUAGCCAGUGCCCUAUCAGCCAUGCUACUCAACUCUUCUCUAAUCCUUUUCUUGGCCUGCCACUUGAAACUGGCAAAUGUGAGACCUGCGGUACCGGUGAGGCCGGGCAAUGCGAAGGCCACUUUGGAUACAUUGAGUUACCAACUCCCAUAUACCAUCCGGAUCAUGUCAGUGAGCUGAAAAGAAUGUUGAGCUUCUUGUGCCUCAAGUGCUUGAAGUUGAAGUUUAAGAAUAGGAAGGUGAACAGUAGUGGUGGUGGUUUUGGGGAAAUAGCGACCUCGUGCUGUCCGGAGAUUUCACAAAUCUCAAUCAACGAAAACAAGACUACUGACGGGGCCUGCUAUUUGGAAUUGAAAGUACCAGCAAGAUCAACACUUGAUGGAGGAUUCUGGAGCUUCUUGGAAAAAUAUGGAUUCCGUUACGGAAAUACGUAUAUGCAUUCUCGGCCACUUCUUCCUUCCGAGGUGAUGGCUAUAUUGAAAAAGAUUCCCAAUGACACCAGAAAAAAGCUAACUGCGAAAGGUUAUUUCCCUCAAGACGGGUACAUAAUCCAAUACCUACCAGUCCCUCCAAAUUGUUUAUCAGUGCCUGAUAUUUCAGAUGGAAUCAGUACUAUGUCGACGGAUUAUUCCAUAGCUUUGCUGAAAAAGGUGCUGAGAGUGGUGGAAAUUAUAAAAACUUCAAGGUCAGGAACACCAAAUUUUGAAUCUCAGCAGAUUGAAUCUAAUGAGUUACAAGCUGCUGUGACGCAAUAUCUUGAAUUUAGGGGCACCGGCAAGGCAUCCCGUGAUGUGGAUACUCGCUUUGGAGUUAAAAAAGAAGAGAACGUGUCAUCUACCAAAGCAUGGCUUGAGAAGAUGAAAACUUUAUUUAUUCGAAAGGGAUCGGGAUUUUCUUCCCGCAGUGUGAUAACGGGCGAUCCGUUUAAAGGGGUGUCUGAGAUUGGAUUGCCAUUUGAAAUCGCACAAAAGAUUACAUUUGAAGAGCGAGUAAAUCAACAAAAUAUGGAGUUUUUACAGAAGCUGGUGGACAAAAAUAUGUGUCUGGCAUACAGGGAUGGAAUGUCAACGUAUUCACUAAGGGAAGGGUCGAAGGGACAUACAUUUCUGAGACCGGGGCAAGUUGUGCAUCGUAGAAUAAUGGAUGGGGAUAUAGUGUUUAUCAAUAGACCACCAACUACCCACAAACAUUCCCUACAGGCGCUCUCAGUUUAUGUUCAUGAGGACCACACGGUCAAGAUCAAUCCAUUAAUUUGUGGUCCUCUCAGCGCGGACUUCGACGGGGACUGUAUCCAUCUGUUCUAUCCGCAGUCUCUGGAAGCUAAAGCAGAGGUUGUGGAGCUUUUCUCUGUGGAAAAACAGCUACUGAGCUCUCACACUGGGAACUUCAUUUUGCAGUUGGGAGUGGACUCACUUCUGUCACUUAAAGUCCUUUUCAGAAAGUGUUUCUUGAACCGAGUUGCUGCCCAGCAGUUGGCCAUGUUUGUCCCCAGUGUCCUAUCCAAACCUGCUGUGGUAAAGUCUGGCAGUGGCCCUCUUUGGACUGCAUCACAAAUUUUGCAGAUGACGCUACCUCCUUCUUUCGAUUGUUCUGGAGAGAGACACAUAAUUUCCAAUAGUGAGGUGUUAACCCUUGAUUUUAAUCGGGACGUGAUGACGUCCAUUACCAAUGACUUAGUCACCUCACUUUUCUUUUUGAAGGGCCCGAGGGAGGUUCUGAGGUUCUUUGAUUCUAUACAGCCUUUGUUGAUGGAAAGUCUUUACUCGGAAGGCUUCAGUGUCAGUUUGAGAGACUUUUAUUUACCCCGAGAAGUUUUGGAGAAUAUCCAAGAAAAUAUUCAAAAGAUUUCUCCAUUGCUGUAUCAUCUGCGUUCUUGUUAUAGUGAGUCAGUUGCUUUGCAGUUGGACAGUUACUUGCGAAGCGUGAAAAUUCCGGCUACCAAUUUCAUAGUCAAAUCUUCUAGACUUGGACACCUAAUAGAUUCCAAAAGUGAAUCUGCUCUCAACAAGGUUGUCCAGCAAAUUGGGUUCUUAGGGACCCAAUUAUCACAUAAAGGGAAGUUCUAUUCCGAGAUUUUGGUGAAGGAGAUGUCGUUCCUUUUCCAAAAGAAGUAUCCAUCCUUCGAUGAUUAUCCUGCUGAAGAAUUUGGCUUGGUUGGUAGAAACCUCUUCCGAGGGUUGGAUCCGUAUCAAGAAAUGGUGCAUUCAAUAUCAAGCAGAGAAGUAAUUGUCCGCUCAAGCCGUGGAUUAACUGAGCCCGGGACAUUAUUCAAAAAUUUGAUGGCCAUCCUUAGAGAUGUUGUCAUAUGCUAUGAUGGUACUGUGAGAAACACAUGCAGCAAUUCCAUCAUUCAAUUUGAAUAUGGAGUCAACAGUGCAAACAUUGCCAGCGAGUUUUGUGCGGGUGAUCCUGUUGGAGUUUUAGCUGCAACUGCCAUGUCUAAUCCUGCAUACAAAGCUGUUUUGGACUCGUCUGCCAGUAGCAAUUCAUCCUGGGAGAUGAUGAAGGAGAUAUUGCUUUGUGGGGUCAACUUCAAGAAUGAUAUUUCUGACCGUCGAGUAAUGUUGUAUCUUAAUAAUUGUGAUUGUGGCAGAAAGCAUUGUCAAGAAAGUGCUGCACUUAUAGUCAAGAAUCAUUUGAAGAAAGUCAGUCUAAAGGAUACGGCGAUUGAGCUCCUGAUAGAAUAUAGAUCUGAAAUGAUGCACGAGAUUCCUGAGGUCAAUCCUGGCCCUGUUGGCCACAUACAUCUGAACAAGACACAGCUGGUACAAUCAAAUUUGGGCAUGCAUGAAAUAUUUGAAAAAUGUGAAGACACAAUCAGUUUACACCAAAAGAAGAAAAAAGUUGGGGCAUUGUUCCAGAAUAUGGAUCUAUCUUUCAGUGAAUGCUGUUCUUUUUGCCAAUCAUCCAAAAGCAAAUGGACUGAUGUUCCAUGCAUCCAGUUUCGCUGGCGCGAUGCAAAAUAUGAUGUAGAUAAGGCCUCUCAGUUACUUGCUGAUGCGGUUAGCCCGGUUCUGUUUGAUACAAUCAUUAAAGGUGAUCAAAGGAUUUCAAGCGCAAAUGUUGUUUGGUUAUGCUCCGACACUGCGUCCUGGACCCGAAGCCCAUCUAAGAGGGAGAAGGGUGAAUUGGCUCUUGAUGUUAUCCUGGAGAAAGAUGCUGUGAAAAAGAUUGGAGAUGCUUGGAGGGUCCUUAUGGAUUCGUGCCUUCCGAUUAUGCAUUUAAUUGAUACACGACGUUCGGUACCAUGUGCAAUAAAGCAAGUACAGGAACUGCUUGGUAUUUCUUGUGCAUUUGAGCAGGCUGUUCAGCGUUUAUCUACAUCGGUUACGAUGGUUACAAAGGGUGUGCUCAAAGAUCAUCUCCUUCUGUUGGCAAACAGCAUGACAUGUGCUGGCACUUUCAUUGGCUUUAAUACUGGUGGAAUUAAAACCUUGUCUAGAUCACUUGAUGUUCAAGUACCAUUCAUGAACGCAACAUUAUUUACCCCUAGAAAAUGCUUUGAGAGAGCUGCUGAGAAACGCCAUGUUGAUAACUUGUCAAGCAUAGUGGCUUCUUGUGCUUGGGGCAAACAUGUGACCGUGGGCACUGGAUCUCCCUUUGAGAUUCUUUGGGACACUAGAAAGGCUGAGUUGGGGCCGAACAAGGAAAUUGAUGCGUACAAUUUCCUGCACUUGGUGAACAGCAGAUCAAAUCCUGAAGAUAUAGGCACUAGUUGCUUGGGAGAGGAAAUUGAAGAUCUAGACCAGGACUAUAUGGAAUUUGAGCUGUCCCCAGUGAGAGAAGACGGUCUAGAUAAGCCCACUUUUGAAGAUGGGUUUGAACUAGGACCCAACGGAGAUGAUAGAGAUGGGUUUUCCAAAGAUGCAUCCCAGGAUAGUUGGUUAUCGUUGACCAAAAUGGUCGAGUCUCAAGAUGCUUGGGGUAAAAAGCCUGAGCAAAGCUCUAUUGCUGAGGAAACUCAAGAUGACUCAGUUUGGGGAAGAAAGACGAAUUCUGGUGGAGGAAGUUGGGGGAAAAAGACGGAGGAAAGCACUUGGGGCGCAAAGGUAAAUCUAGAAAGUGAGUGGACACAAACGGGUGAAAAAAGCACUCAGGAUGAAGAUACCCAAAAUACCUCUUGGGGUAAAAAAGUGGAUUCUGAAGGAGAUGGCUGGAAGAAAAAUCCCGAGCAAAGCACGUGGGGCAGAAAAGCUGAUUCCAGUGUGAGUGAUUGGACCACCACGGAUAAGCAGUCCAAAAAUGGCGUAGCCUUGGCUAAAAGGGCUGAUUUUGAUGGACGAGGUUUGACUAAGAAUGAUGAACAGAACAAGUGGGCUGGAGCAAGUUCAAUAGAGCCUCGUAGUCAGUCCAGCUGGGGUUCGUCUUCUGCUGCUGGAAAAGAUUGGGGUCAGAAAGAUGUCCAAGGAACACUGGCUAAUGCUGGUGAUACUGUUAGUGGGGGUUGGGGGAAAACAGAGGAAAGUACAUGGGGCCAGAAGUCGAACUCCAAGGAAAAUGAUUGGACCAAAAAGGCCGACUCUGCUGGAGGAGAUUGGGCUAAGAAAGAAGUCAAAAACAUGUCUCAAAGUCAAUCCAGCUGGGGCGUGACUUCCGGUGGGAAAGAGUGGGGUCAGAAGGAAAGAAAAAUGUCUGAGGCUGAUGAACUUGGUGCAGGUGCUGGUUGGAAAAAAUCGAAUGAACAGAAUAGUUGGGGCAACGUGAGUACACCCAGGGCUGAUCGUAAUUCCACUUGGGGCAAAGAUGAUGCAAAAAUAGAUAAAACUUUAUCUGCUGGAUCUCAAGAUGGCGGUGGCUCAUGGUCAUUACCUCCUGUAGUUGAGAAAGAGACACCUCAGGAUGAUUCAUCCAAGGAUGCCUCUGGUUGGCAAUCCCGUGUGGAAUCUCCUAAGGGAAUUCAGUGGGGAGCUAAACCGGCUGAUAACACUCCCGAUUCAAAACCUUCUGGUAACUGGGGCUCUUCGAAUGAUUGGGCUAAGUAUGAAAAACAGUCUCCGAGAGGGGAUACGAAAGAGGCUCCUAGCAAUGCUUGGGGUUCGAGCCCGCAACCAAAUGACUCAACAGCUGGCCACGGCUGGAGUUCGUUUAAAGCUGAUGCUGAUGGAGACAAAGAUGCGCGGCCUCAGUGGGGAAGGGGCCGAGGUCGGGGUAGGGGUCGUGGGUGGGGCCGAGGGGGACGGUUUGGAGAUGGUUCGCAAGGUAGGGGGGGCCCAUCUAAUAAUAAUAAUGAUGGAGAAUGGAAGAACAGGAGGCCUCGCCCUACUGACGAUCCUAAUGUGCUGGCGACUUUAACUAUGACGGGGAAGCGGCUAGAUUCGUUCACAGCUGAGGAACAAGAUGUUCUUUCGGAGAUAGAAUCAGUUAUGAAGAACAUCAGAAGAGUGAUGCACCAGACAGGGUAUAAUGAUGGCGAUCCUAUAUCUGCAGAUGAUCAGAAAUACAUAAUUGAUAACGUACUCAAUUAUCAUCCUGACAAAGCUGUAAAGAUGGGAGCUGGAGUAGAUCAUAUCAUGGUUAGUCGGCAUGGAGAGUUCCAGGACAGCAGGUGUUUCUAUGCCGUUUCUGUUGAUGGUGGCAAAGAAGACUUCUCCUAUCGCAAAUGCCUGGAGAGCUUCAUCAGAGAGAAGUAUCCUGACAAGGCAGAAACUUUUAUUCCUAAAUACUUCAGGAAACAACCACGUGCCGAGGGGAACCGGGAUCGUGGGCCACCUCUUAGCUGGAACAGAGAUAACACUCCUGCUCCAGAUGAAGUUGGAACUCCGGGCUGGGCUGGAAGCCCCAAAAAAGCUGGAAAUGCCUCAGGCUGGGGUGGAACCCCAGGAGGGGCCGGGAAUUCGGGCUGGGGUGGAAGCCCAAAAGGAGCUGGAAAUGCCUCAGGCUGGGGUGGAACCACAGGAGGGGCCGGGAAUUCGGGCUGGGGUGGAACCCCUGGAGGUGAUGGAGAUUCUGGUUGGGCUGCUGGAACCCCUGGAGGGACUGGAAACUCGGGCUGGGACAAGGAUCAACCGACUCCUAACCCAGAUGCUGCUGCUACCGGUGGUUGGAAUUAA